AUGGUGAUCUAUGAUGAAGCGGAUCGGCUGUUCGAAAUGGGAUUUGAUGUGCAACUACGAGAAAUCUUAAGUCGUCUACCAUCAACUCGUCAGAAUUUACUCUUCUCUGCGACGCUUCCCUCAACAGUAGCAGAAUUCGCGAAAGCUGGACUCGUCAAUCCUUUGCUCAUCCGACUGGAUACAGAGCACAAGGUCAGUCCCGAUCUCGAUCUGCGAUUCUUAUCUGUUAAGCCUACCGAGAAAGAUGCCGGUCUACUUGUCGUCCUUCGAGAUGCCAUCAAGAUCCGCAGCGAUAGCGAUAAAGAAGUCAACCAGCCCCAAGCUAUUGUCUUUGUAUCUACAAAACAUCACGUCGAUUAUGUUUCAGAACUACUGAAAGCUGCUGGUUACCGCACCUCCCAUAUCUAUAGCUCUUUGGACCAGAUUGCCCGACAACAGCAACUACACCAAUUCCGAAAACGAUUCACCGAUGUCUUAGUGGUCACCGAUGUUGCCGCCCGAGGUCUGGAUAUCCCUAUCAUGGAUCACGUUAUCAACUACGAUUUUCCACCCGGUCCAAGAGUUUUUGUCCAUCGUGUUGGUAGAACGGCGAGAGCAGGAAGGAAAGGUACUGCUUGGUCCCUAGUCACUCGAGACGACUGGCCGUAUCUGUACGAUUUGCAGACAUUCCUAGGCUCGGCAAGACUGGGCGACGAUGCAGCUAUGCUCAAGGCAUUUCCCCAAGACAGUAUCAGUGAAAACAUUGAAUAUAUAUCAUCUGGACUCGAUGAAAUCGCUCCGCAUCUUCAAAGUCAACGCGAAGUCAUGCGCAAAGGUCAAGCUAUGUUCGAGCGAUCCCGUGGCAAGGCCUCCGCUGCUUCAUAUCGAAAAGCCAAAUUGCUAGGUCGCCUUCUCAGCGGCCAAACAUUCACACUACCCAUCGACCCCAGCCUCGUCGAUUCCGAUAAUCCAUCCACCAUCGCCGCUAGAAACCGUCUUGUUGCUUCCAUCGCUGCUUACGCUCCAAAUGAGACAGUCCUCGAGCUUGGACGGCGAGGCGAGACGGACAAUUCGAUUCUCAUGCAAAAACGUCGCAAGCUUGUCAAUCGUCGCAAGAAACUUGCAGCAGAAGAAACGAGCACUGUUGACGAUAAACCACAACUGAGCUGUGAUAAGAAUGACAUGUUGAUGGCCAAAUCGUUUCGCGAUCCGAAUUUUUUCAUGGAUCAUUCCCAAAGUGGUGCUGCUUCAGAACGAGGUUACUCCCUACAAAGUGGCGCGUCACUUCCUGAAGCUCUGUCCGCCACAACCUUGGACAUGACUGCUGAUGAAGGCUCGAGCGCCAGGGCUCAGAAAGCCAGUCAGCUCAGCUGGGAUCGAAAGAAACGCAAAUUCAUCAAUGCUACUGUUGGUUCCGAUAACAAGAAAAUGAUACGUUCAGAGAGCGGGGCUCUCCUUCCUGCGACCUAUAGCACGGGCAGAUACAACACCUGGAAAUCCAAGAAACGUACGACAUCUUCAGCUGAUUCGCACGACAAUCACAAUCAAGGGCAUAAUAUUGAUAAAUCACGUGGUAAGCCUCUGAUUGACCCUUCAAAUGCUAAGACUAUCCCGCAUCGCGGUACUGGGCUCCUGUCUGCACGAGCCAUCCGACAGCAACGGGAACAGGUAUCAAAGCGAAAAGAGAAGUCGAAUCGUCCCUCCCAUCGUGGAAAGAGGCGAUGA